GAGGAUCGUGAUAGCGUGAAACGGAUAUUUCUGAAAAUGCUAUUAAAGACUACGAUAUCAACAUAUUUCAAGACUUGAAGAAACUGAAACGAUUAAUCUCAGACGACUAUGCAUUUUGCUGUCUAGUGAACCCUGAUACUGAAGUUGACUGUUCUCCAACUUCCGAUGUGUUUUCUUCUUGUAAAAAUCUAAUGCAGAACGAGGUCCUUAGAUUUUUUUUAUGGAUAUUUGGUUGGAGCGCACUCCUGGGAAACAUGUUUGUAAUCGCUUGGAGGGCUCGACAUUGGCCUAGACAGAACAGCAAAUCAUACACGCAAUCCUUUCUGGUCACGAAUCUUGCGGUAUCCGAUGCCCUCAUGGGGGUUUAUCUGCUGAUUGUCGCCUGUGCCGAUGUGUAUUAUCACAAUGAUUACAUUAUGCAUGCAAAAUACUGGAAACAGAGUUAUAUUUGUAUGGCAGCAGGCAUAUUGGCCGUUCUUUCAAGUGAAUCAUCUGUCUUUACUCUGACUGUGAUUAGUUGGGACAGAUUUGUACACAUCGCUUUCCCAUUUCAAAGUUUUCAUCUAACACCAAAGACAGUGAAACGUGUAGUAGCAGUGUGUUGGAUCCUGAUGAUUAUUCUAAGUGUGUUACCGGUGUUACCUUUCGCUUACUUCAAUGAUUCGUACUAUGGUGUCACCAGUGUGUGUUUGGCUUUGCCAUUGACUUCAGAGAGAGUUCAAGGUUGGGAGUACACAGUGUCAAUCAUCAUUUGUUUAAACCUGAUAUGUUUCAUCCUCAUAUUCAUAUCGUACACUGGAAUUUUUGUUGUGAAUAAGAGGUCCAGAAACAGUGUUAAUAAAAUCAGCUCAGCAAGCUCGCUGAAGAACCAGCAAAUUUCUCUUGCCGUCCGGAUGGCUUUCAUUGUGGCCACUGAUUUCUGUUGCUGGGUGCCGGUUAUCAUCAUGGGUAUUUUGUCUUUAACAAACACAGUUAAAAUUCCAGCAAGCGUGUACGCAUGGGCAGCAGUAUUUAUCCUGCCUGUCAACUCGGCAAUUAACCCUUUCCUAUAUACAAUAUCUUCGCUGAAGCAGUUACAGAAGAAUAUGAGUCCAACCAAAAAUACAUCUGGAAGUAAUCCACGCACUAAGACAACGUCAAGACUUGAUACAAAACUACAACGUUCGACGUCAAAGAAAGACAGAAAACAGACCAAGAAUAUUUACCUUCUAAAGAAAAUUUUGAGAGUGCUAGAAUCCGAGAUAAAUGCAGACAACAACACCGAAGAUAAGGUCAACCAAUUACUCUUAAAUAUUCUUGCAUUAGCAAAUAAUACCGAGGUUUGUCAGCAACAGACUGAGAUUAAAUUUCAUAAUGAAUCUAACGUGAAUUCGGACUCAGACCGUCAAGAACAAAAUGAUGCUGAACGAAUAUGAACUCUGGAUUUGAAAGAAAAUUUUUGUUUCAGAGACAAUUAGAAAAGUGUUUAUGUCAUCAUGGGUGAAUAAAUAUUUCUCUGAAGUUAUACACAUGUCAGAGAUUCCUACUGGAAUCACAUUAUGUUUUUCGUAAUUAGUCAUAUUAUUCAAAUUUAAAAUUAAACUUUGUUAAUAAUAAGGAUUUUCAUAGGUAAAUCUCGAAAAUCAAAUUAUUUGGUUUAAUUGAAAAUGUACAUAAUAUAUCCUUUAUUUACGAGCAAUUCAAUUUUUUUUCUGAAUUUACCAACUCAGCCAUUUUACCUUUUGAUUUUCUUCGUUUGUGUACUCAACCUACCUUUGAUCAUCGCAAACUAGAUCCUUCUUCUUUUAUACUAGAAAUAGUCUCUUAUCCUUCAUCCUACUAUUACUCACUUCUACUACCAAACUAAUAAUUAUUAUUAGCCUAUUAUAACAUUAUAAAUAUUAGGCUAUUGCAUCUGCAUGUUAUGCUUGUUAUAGACAUAUAUGCUGUAUAUCUUUUAAAUUUUAAUUGUGUAGCGAUUGUGUAAGCCAAUA